AUGGCCGCUGGAACUAAACUGAGUAAAGAAGACAAUAUUCAAUUUGAUCAACCAUCAUUAUAUCGGAGUAUCAUUGGAGGACUACAGUACCUUACGCUGUCCAGACCAGAUCUUGCUUUUGCUAUGAAUAAACUCAGUCAGUUUCUUCAACAGCCUACUGUCAAUCAUUGGACUGCAUGUAAGAGAGUUCUUAGAUAUGCAAAGGGCACUCUAAAUCAUGGUCUUGUAUUUACUAAAAAGGAACACUUUAUGCUGGAAGCUUAUGCUAAUGCAGAUUGGGCAAGUGAUGUAGAUGACAGGAGGUCCACAAGUGGAUAUGCUGUUUUUGUUGGGGGCAACCUGGUUCAGUGGAGUUCAAAGAAACAGAAGGUCGUUUCUCUAUCCUCUACAGAAGCAGAAUAUCGGUCCUUGAGUCAGGCAUCUACUGAACUUGUGUGGAUUAGGAGCUUGUUUGAAGAAAUUGGUAUUACUCUGAAUGGUUGUCCUAUCNCCAAUUUCAUUUCCGCUACUUAA